GGCAAAUGGUUGGGGACUGAGCAUGAAAGGAGAAAGCAAGCAAGCAAGAGAGUUUAAGAGGAAAAGGGGAAAGGAAAAAAGGGGGAAAACAACAACAACAACAACAAAAUCUCCCAUACCCCAGCAGUUGGGUUUUGCCAGCAGCCGAUCACAGCUGAUUCCAGAGCGGAGUCUGUCCCUUUUCCCCUAGACCUGCGGUCACCCCUAUUCUCAGGCGGAGGGAGCCACAUCUAAGUUGCAUCUUUGCAUUUUUGCCAACGCUGAACGGGCUUCUCUUCCCUCCUCUCAACUCCCCCUCCUCAUUAGCUGCUGUUUUUUUUUCUUUUUUCCUCAUCCUUCCAUAUAUUAUUACAGUAUCAUUAUAUUAUUACCAUUAUUAUCAUUAUUAGUAGUAUCAGUAUUAUUCUAUUUCUUUUAGAGGCACUUGGCAUUUUAAACCUAUUUUGCAUGUAUGGUGUUGUUGAUUUAUUUCUGUAUUUUGCUGAUGUUUCCAUUUCUAACCUGCCUUCUUCAAUUUUUAAUCAUUUUUUGCUCUCCCACUCUUUUUAUUAAAUAAGCCUCGAACAAUUUGGUUAACAUUUGCACUGAAGAAUUCAGCCAACAAUUGCCUAAUUUAGGAAACAUCCUUCAUUCUUCUGUGCACUUCCUUCUUACAUUUUUUACUUUUCUCCUUGUUCUUCCCUCCUCCCUCUUCCACCUCACAGCCCCAAUAUCCCCCCCCCCAAAUACUCUGCAAUUCUGAGCCCAGAAUUUCUGAAUCGGGGGCUUAGCUUCGCCGGGAUGAGCCAGAGCAAUGGAUGAAUUCCACCCCUUCAUUGAAGCUCUCCUUCCUCAUGUCCGUGCCUUUUCGUACACAUGGUUCAACCUGCAAGCUCGGAAACGAAAGUACUUUAAGAAGCAUGAGAAGCGGAUGUCAAAGGAUGAGGAGCGCGCUGUGAAGGAUGAAUUACUUGGUGAAAAGCCUGAGAUCAAGCAGAAAUGGGCAUCCCGGCUGCUGGCCAAGCUACGCAAGGACAUCCGCCCAGAAUUUCGUGAGGACUUCGUCUUGACCAUCACGGGCAAGAAAGCACCGUGUUGCGUCCUCUCCAACCCAGAUCAGAAGGGCAAAAUCCGCAGGAUUGACUGCCUGAGGCAGGCUGACAAGGUUUGGAGGCUGGACCUAGUUAUGGUCAUCUUGUUCAAAGGGAUCCCUCUUGAAAGUACUGACGGGGAGCGGCUAUACAAGUCGCCGCAGUGCUCAAAUCCAGGCCUUUGCGUCCAGCCACAUCACAUUGGAGUCACAAUUAAAGAACUGGAUCUUUACUUGGCGUAUUUUGUUCACACUCCUGAAUCCGGACAAUCAGAUAAUUCAAACCAGCAAGGAGAUGCGGACAUCAAACCACUGCCCAAUGGGCAUUUGACUUUCCAGGACUGUUUUGUGACAUCAGGCGUCUGGAAUGUUACCGAGCUAGUGAGAGUGUCACAGACUCCUGUCGCAACAGCGUCUGGUCCAAAUUUCUCCCUGGCUGACCUGGAGAGUCCCAGUUACUACAAUAUCAAUCAAGUGGCUCUUGGCAGACGAUCAAUAACAUCUCCACCUUCUAGCAGCUCCACCAAGCGGCCCAAGUCAAUAGAUGACAGCGAGAUGGAGAGCCCUGUAGACGAUGUGUUCUACCCUGGGACAGGACGGUCCCCAGCAGCUGGCAGCAGCCACUCCAGUGGGUGGCCCAAUGAUGUGGAUGCAGGACCGGCUUCUUUAAAGAAGUCAGGGAAGUUGGAUUUCUGCAGUGCUCUGUCCUCCCACACCACCUCCCCGAGAAUGGCUUUCACCCACCACCCGCUGCCUGUCCUAGCAGGAGUCAGACCAGGAAGCCCCCGUGCCACAGCGUCGGCCCUGCACUUCCCGUCAACCUCCAUCAUCCAACAGUCCAGCCCCUACUUCACACACCCGACCAUCCGCUACCACCACCACCACGGCCAGGACUCGCUGAAGGAAUUUGUGCAGUUUGUAUGCUCGGAUGGCUCAGGCCAGGGCUCCGGGCAGCCUAACGGUAGCGGCCAGGGCAAAGUCACGGGGUCAUUUUUGCUGCCGCCACCACCACCUGUGGCCAGACCAGUGCCCCUUCCAAUGCCUGAUACAAAAUCCACCAGCACUAACCCAGAAGGCGGAGCGCCGACACCAACGUCACCUUCAUUCUCAGCGCCAGGCUCCUCCUCCUCUGCCAACCGGUUUGUCGGCAUCGGACCCCGGGACGGCAACUUUCUAAACAUCCCCCAGCAAUCUCAGUCUUGGUUCCUCUGACGGGAUCUUCAAGCGAAGAAAAAUAAUAAUGAUGAUGAUAAUAAUAAUUUUUCACUCAAGCCCUGCGAAUCCGAAUCUUCAGUCCUUAAACCAUAUCUUCAUUGAGCUGCUCCUCUUCAAAGAAAAGUAAGAGACGUUGGGUAACACUACAGAUGAGAAGCUUAAAAAAAUCAUGUUGGACCUCCCCGAUCCAAAGCAGAUUUUGCAUUUGCAUAGAAGAGCCUUGUCUUCUGCAAGGAGUCCCAUCAAUAUCUACAGAAGUCAUAUAACCCUCUGUUCUAAUAGCUCUGGAAAGGCCAUUCAAGCCAUGGUUAAGGGGAUUUCACUGUAUUCAUCAUGGGAAAGGAAUAGCAUUCACAUCAACUAAUCUCAAGUCCAAAAUUGCACCAUGGCUUGCUACAGCUUAUGUUUGCUGGGAAAUGAAAAUGGAGGCGGUUCCCUCAAGUCUCAUCUGCCUAGCAGCCUGACUCCAAAAAGAUUUCUGUGCAUGUUGAGAGGAACUAGGAACACUUGCCCAGUGGGGGCUUGAGAGAGAGUUUUUCUUCUAGGCCACUCAGUUGCUUAAAAAAACACACACACACACAUAAAAACACCCUCAGACAAAGUGGGAUGAUGGGUGCCAGCAUUUCAAAUUGCUGUAAUUCCGUUCAGAUGUCCUAAAUAUAUUAGAAAACCAGUCCAGCACAUUGCAUUGGUUCAGAAUGGGAUAUGGCUUUGAUUAGGGCACUCUACCAGAACUCUAAAACUAGAUUGGCCUUCACAGCACAGACGUCUCCCACCAAACAUAAGUUCCCUUGUGCAGUAAAUUCUCUCAUCAGGUGACACGUUGUGUCCUGGUUAGUUCAAAAAAACAAAAGCAGAAGCGUUCCUGACUAACAGAGGCCCAAGGCGUGGGCUCUCCUUAUAACAUCUCUCCCCCUGUCAGCCGCACAGGAACACCCACAUGCACACAUCCUUGGCACCUAAUCACUUGUCUCCUGACUUUGUUGUCCUCCUAUUCCUAUUUCAUUUCUCUAAUGAAUGCAUUACAGAAAUGAAAGCCUAGCAGCACCUCAGGAUGAUGAAAUCACUUCCAGCCUUUCUGUCCACAAACUGGGAUUCUUCAUCCCCAUAGGAAAGGAGGUAGGCCGUCUUAGGCUCAUGAAACCAAACUAGUUUGAUUUGGAAGGCGUUGCUAGGUAUUUCUCUUAAGAAUGGGAGCUUUUCCCACCAUUGCCACUGGCAAAUGUUUAGGAAACUUACUGGAGGUUUAUUUAAAAUAAGUACAGUAAAAAAUAAAUGAAUGACUAUAUUGGCAUAAGAGCACUGAGGUUGUACCGAAGUUGUACCCCAGGCAGACCACAGGGGCCAAGGCAACUGCCUCAGUCAGGCACGUUUCUGCACAGCUGCAUUGUCUGGACAGAGUGGGCUGCAUUCCUUUCCCCUAAAAGUUCGAGCCUUCUCCUUUUGAGGUUUUGGGUGUCUGUUGUUGUUAUGGUUUGAUGCUUUUCCUUAUUCCUUUUCUCCACUUUGUUCUAUUCCUACUUUAGUUGUAGCAUUUCUUUUGGCUUCCUCUACAUACAGAUGACAACAGCAAAAAAAGAAAAAGAAAAAAAAAUUAAAUGCAAGGGGGUUUGGGUAAUAGUUGUUGCUGUAAAGGCAAAUAAAAAGGAAAACCCCUAGAGCAUAGUACACAUGAACACUCUCAGCAAACAUCUUGUAAACAAAAUAAAUGGUAUGGGCUUAAAGAUAGUGGAGGCUUCCUGACUGAUAGAUGUGAGGGUUUGACAUUGUCAUCUGUACAUGCCGUGCAUGCACAUACACACAUAACAUGCACCAGAGUCGGUCACACAGCUCCACGCACUUUCCUGUUUCCCUUUCUCAGACGACCAAAAAAAAAAAGUGUGGAAGAACAAGUAUCUCUAUCUUGCAUCCGUGAGAAAGAUCAUCAUUAUUUCUUUUCCCAAAGGUCUGAAAGAGGUCCUUCGCUGUCUCCGUGCCCCACACUGAACUUUGGGGAUAGGAGCUUUGCCAAAUUCACCUCUGACCCUCCGUUCCAUCUUCCCUAGUAAAUGUUUCCACCAUCAUGUGAGGAGGGUUACUGGUUGUCACAGGGCAAUGCCACAUCAUAUACUUAGGAUAGGUAAGAAGGUUCUAUACCACAGUAGGGAUGGGGAUGGGAGUAGGGGUAGGAUUGUCUGAUUAGGAAUGUGCCAGGAGGGUGCUGCAGGGAACGGGUUACUGUGCAAUCUGUCCAGGGCAAUUGCAUUUGGGCUUGCAACACCUGAGUUGCCUCCCGAAUGACCGCAUGGAAAAAAAAAACGGUGGAUGUCUAGAGACCACCUGAAGCCCCUCCCCUAUCUGUCACAGUGAUCCCCAGCUUCUUCAUGAGGCAUCUGCAAGGACCUCUGGAGCAGACAAAAUCCAGGAGGUGCAGGUGAGAUUGGGUAGCUGAACCUCUGUCCAAGUGCAAUGAUUUUCCCAUUCCAAAUGGAGAAACAGGGUUAAGGAAGGUAAUUCUAAGGGCUGCCUUUUCUCCAGCUAAAAGCUGUGGUCCUCCAGGCCACCCAUCACUUCUCCAGAUGUCAGAGGAACACCCUGGAUCUUUCCCACACAUGCACACAUGUGCACGCACGCACACACACACACGUAGACACACACUCCUCUGUACCUUUGCAUUUGAUAUUCUUAUCAAAGGCCUGCUCUUAUAGAGGAGUCACAAAGCCUGACCUUGCACAGCUGCAGGACAGCUGUUGCAUGAAACAAGGAGGGGAUCUUCUUCCUGAGGGAUAUGGUCAAGGAGUGAGUAGCCUACAGAAGACUGUAGUGUAGAUGUCUGGGUGAUAUAACUGGCUGCUACAAAGAAGAGCCACCUGCCUGGUGCUUCAUCUUUGGCAUGAUCCAGGUCAAUCCCUGUCCAUUAAAGAUAGUGGAGGCCUGGAUUUAAUAGAUUCUAAGACUGAUGUUUUGCUGCUUCUGCCAUACCAGAGGCCCUCCCCACCUAACAUCUUUUGUGAAAUACAACUGAGAAGUAAAAUAUAACUUUCCAGAGAGAGAGAGAGAGCACUUUAAGGCUACAAAAAGAAAAUACUUUUUAGUGUAACUGUUGGACAGAGCCAUCACUUCUCAUGAUGUACACACUCAUUUCAUAUCAUGAUUCAGGUCUAUGAAAUGAUACAAAACUAUUUGCUGGGAUGAAAAAUGGAAUGAGUGUCCACAUCGCAAGCAGUGAACCUUCUUUUACAUCUCAAAGGAAAAGGGGGAGAAGAAAACCCUUUUGUCUCAUUUCUAGCCAAGCCUUUAUAAAGAUUCAGAGUUUUCAGGUUCAAUUUUGGGACAAGAGCAGAGAUCAAAAGCAACAUUUUGGAUUGGAACACAACCCCCUUCCGUGUUGUGAAAGAUUUGAAAGGUGUCCACUUCUAAACCCAAGGUUACCAUCUGUUUCCUUAAGAACACCAAGUCAUGAAGAAGUUCUACAGGUGUAGAAAUGGAAAUGAUUCCUGCCCUUGUGCUCUUAAGAAAACAGACAUCUCCCAUCUUCUUGUUCACAUUUUUCUUUGCUUCCCCCACUUUUUUUUGCAAAGUAUAAGGCUCCCUUGCUUUGCCUAGCUGCAUCGGAUAGGGAAUUAGUGUCAUUUAAAUCUUGAGAUUCUUGGAUGUGCUGAAGCUGAACAUGACUCCAGCACCAGACAAGAAAACACCCACUACAGCAUUUCAAGUACUAUUAAGAUUUUUAUUUUAUUUUCUCAUGAAAGUUUCUGGAGCAUGGCCAAACUGAGGAAGACUGCUACCAUCCAACUCCCCAAAGCCUUAAAAAGGGUAGCCAAGUUAAUUAAAUCUGUCAGUCUGAUCAAUAUCUGACUGAAAUGCUAUGUGUCCACAUGAAAAAACAUCAAGAAUACAGGGAAUAUUUCCAGAAUAUGAAACACUGUAGGUCACCGUAUUGAAACUGCCACAGCAUCAUUUUAGUUAUUAGAUUAGUCCAGUAAUUUUUUCCACUGUUACAGAAUUCAAUUCAGAUCAUCCAGUCUGGUUGCUUUCUGACUUAAAUGAUUAGCAGUAGCCAGAAUGGGUUCCCUGUUGGAGAUGUGUGGGGAGUUUGUAGGAGUGCCCAGAAAUGGGGAAAGUAACUUUUUUCAGACUACAACUUCCACAGCAUCCGAGCUGCCAGACUAACUAGGGGAGUUGCAGUCCAAAAAAGUAAUUUUUCAAGUUUCUGGUUCAGAUGAAAGUGACCACAAAUGAACAGCUCCUAGAAAUUGCACGAGAUGGGAGAGUACAGGUUUACUCUUACUAAACAAGCUCUGAAUCCUAGCAGUUGACACACACAAAUUUAACUCUUGGCAUCUGCUAAGGUGUGACCGUUGGGUGGAAGCAGCACAUGGAUGGAUGGAAUGGCAGUGCCAUCCAGCUGUAUGCUACCUUGUUUGAGUCCUAAAGAAAAUGAACAUAAACACAGAGGAAGAACCUGGAAUGGGAUGACAUGGAGGACUUUAAAUUUUGGUGGCUGGAUAGUAUGGGCAGCAGAAAGAAAGAUACACACAAAUGUGUAUUUAAAAGGGGGAGGGGAUUUUUUAAAAACAAAAUAUAUAUUAGGGGGUUUAAAAGAACCAAUUUUGUUUGCAUUGAGCCAAGUGCAAUGGAGUGCAUAGUUUUAAUAUCUUUGUAUGUUAAAGAUUGUUAAGAAGAAGAGAGAAAAAUCUAUUUUUGUUGCAAAGUCCUCUGUUCCCAGGGACUCUAAAUAAGUAGGGACAAAAGAAAAACCCAACCUUUGUAAGUAUGGGGAAAAACUUUUUCUGUUUAUUUUUUCAUUUUGUUUAUUUUUCCUUUUUCUUGUUUGUUUUUUAAAUCCUUUUUUUUAAAGAUUGAUAAUGAUCGGGUUUGGUUUUUUUGUUUUUUCCUUUUCCUCAUUAGUUGUGUCGUUUUAUGGGAGGGCUGAAGGCAAAAAAAUUUCACACACAAAAAUAAAAUGGUAAAAAAAAACACUGUAUCGGGUUAAAAACAUUGAAGAAAACUGCAACAUUAAAGAUCUCAAUCAGAGAAAUUGAGAACAAGAAAAAUGUUAAAAUCAUAAAAGAAAAGAAUUAAAAAUACAGAACCUGGUGCUUCUUACAAUAUAAAGUACAUUAAAAUCUCUAUUAUACAUAGUUUAUGAACCAAUUAAUUGUUAUCAUAAAGCACAUUUUAGGAAACACGCAUUAUCCCUUCUUUAUGUUUAGCUGAAAGGGGCAGCGGGCUUUGCAGUCAAACGCACCAGCAGCAUCUGGCAGCUUCUCAUGGAUCUUACCAGGUUGCCGAGCGAGAUGGGUGAUGGGAGAGGUUGCCAAGGCAAAGGGAAGAGGUUCCUGUUGGAGCAGAGACGGCUCUGAACAGGCGGCCAUGUUUCUCUAGCUCCUUUCCCCUCCUUGUCACCCUCCACUGCUGCCACUGCAUCACCUCCUCUGUUGUGUUCUUCUGCCUUGUCUUUUCCCAAAGAGAGCUAAACAAAACAGUAGACUUUUGAGUUUGGCCUUCAUUCCUGCUUCCUUUCUUUGUAAGCCAGGCAGUUUGUCCGUGCAUGCACUCUCUCGCUCUUGCUGUCUCCCUUUCAGGGCUUCUCUUUGGAAUUAGGAGCCAACUUACUGCGAUCUCACCAGCAUCUCCUCUGUUGCACCCCUUCCUCUCCACCCAACCCCCUUGAGUUGGUCACAACCUCUGCUUGCCCUUUCUCACAGUCUUUCCAGUAUGGCUGGGAGAGUCCUUUCCCUCACCUUUCUUCUGCCCUAGUUGGACUGCAGCACAGUACAGCACAAAGCAGAACUCCAGAUCCAAAUCCUCCCUCACAACCUCACAAGCAUAGAAAGUUGACUGGAGAAAUUUCUCAUCCUGGAAGAACCAAGAUGUAUGAUUUUUGCCUUACUCACACCAUGCUUCACUGGCCAGCUGACAUAGUGCCUUUGUAAACCCAUCUUCUGCUGGAACAGAUGGACCACGUGCUCUGCCAGGGGGUGGGUGCUGGAGGUUCCACCCUUCCCCUUGUAAUCCAUGUGCUCAAUAACAGGGGAAAGCAAUAAAAAGCCUAAGCUUGACCAGCAAGAGGGAGAUACUAUGGACAAAAGCAGUGGUGCCUAGUCCCCUUUGACCUAGCCUCUGCUGGCCCAUUCAAAACUGGCAGCAUCAAAGAGAGGGUGAAAGCAAUAUGGAUGGCCCCCAGCACAGUAUGUCUGCACCUGAGCGUCAUCACCACUUUGCAUGGAGACCAGAGCCACCUGUUGGCAUAAAGGGGGCACGCCUUUCACCUCCUCUCUCCCAGAUGGUGCUUAGUUGGGUGUCUAACAUGAUCAAAACAGACAAAGGGCCAGUGGCUCCCUGGAGGAUAUGUUAGUGUUGCUUGAGUGUCCCAAAAUGACUUCAUUUUGGGGUGGAAUCCUCUAGUAGAGCUCCAUCUAGCAGAGCUCCCAAGACCUUCCUUUCCCUCUGAUGCAUGGGGGGAGGGGGACAUGUCCCUCUGCUUUACCUUCAGCUCUUUUGCCACCAACAACCCCCUGGGCCCUGGAAAGGAUACUCAAGCCCUUUUUAUAUAUGGAGCUCUCUUCCCUCCUUUCCUCCUUCACUUUUGUAGUUGAGCACCCUGUCCUUUCUUACUAGAGAUCUUCAGUAGCUCUCUCUCUCUCUCUUUCUUUUUCUUACUGCCACUUUCAACAUGUGCUCCCCCAGUAAUCCCCAACCCACUUCUCUCGCUCGGCAGCAAAACGUUGAGAUCCACGAAACUGCAGCUUCCCUGACUGCAUCCUACCCUUGCCCCUUUGAACAAGUUUCUUCCUUGGUUAAGAAACGCAGUAUAUAUAUGAGUACAGUACAGUAUAUAUAUAUAGUACUAAUGGAAUUUGGUGUGCUUUUUCUCCUCAUUCCCUCUACUCCUUGCCUCUCCCAUCCCUUUGUGUCUUUGAGUCUGUUCUUCCAAUUCCCCCCUCCCUCUCACCCCUCUGCACUUGAAAAUAAAGAGUAGUUCUUUGUCUGUU